AGUUAAGGGGUGGAGUUUUGGGAUAGAGUUUCAAAUUUUUAAAAAUAAAAAAUAAAUAUUAAAAUUUUCAAAAUAAAAAUGAGUUAUUUUGGUCUUUUUUUUUUGAAGUCUAUUUUUGUGACAAAAACUUUUUAAAAAGGACUAUUUAAGAGAAUUGCCCGGUAAGAAAAAAUCCAUAGGAUAGCCUUUUUUAAGUUUUUGUCACAAAAAUAACUCUAAAAUAAGUUUUAUUAAAAGGUAAAAAUAUAUUUUUACCCUUAUGGUUAACUAAUCUAGACUUAGUAUAUAGAGUUAAGGGGUGGGGUUUCGGGGAUAGAGUUUCAAAUUUUAAAAAAUAAAAAAUUAAAAUUAAAAUUUUCAAAAUAAAAAUGAGCUAUUUUGGUCAUUUUAUUUCUCUAGAUCUAUUUUUAUGAUAAAAACUAAAAAAAAUGCUAUUAGAGAGAAUUGUCCAAAAGGUAAAUUCGAUAUUAAUUGAUUGUUAUUCCGGAUACUUUCGGAUUCGAUAUUCCGGUUCGGUACAAAAAGGUAAAUUUCGGUCACAAAAGGUACAAUUUAAAAAUGUAUUCGGUUAUCGAUACAAUUUAAAAAUGUAUUCGGUUAUCAGUUAUUCCGGUUCGGUACAAAAAGGUAAAUUCGAUAUUAUUUCGGUUCGGUACAAAAAGUAAAUUUCGGCACAAAAGGUAAAUCAAUAUUAAAAUUUACCUUUUCCUUUUUGUUGUCGAAUAUUUAUGUUUCCAUUUAUGGAAUUUGGCAUAUCGUGUUCAUCUAGGACUAGGACAAUGGAAGAACAAAUACAUAAAUAUGGAAAUUUAUCAAAAGUGUUCGACGUGUCAGCUUUUAUAUAAGAGAAACGAGUAUAUGCGAUUAGGCCCAUUAGGGUUUCUGAAGUGAGCAAGCAAAAUUGAGUUAGCAGCCAAUAUCUAAUCACGAAUCAAAGACCUCGAUCUCUCCGUCAUCAAUGGGAAGUGCAACUUCUUUGAACCUCGCUAGAAGCGAAGAAGAGAAUCCAUCGCUAAAUCAGAGAGAGUCAUCGCCUAUUGCACAAGACGGGGAGGAGUAUAAAACCCUAGUUGAAGAUUCGAAUGAAACAAAGGAAAAAGAAGAAGAUGAAGAUGGUGAAGAGUGCGGUUUUUGCACAUAUAUAAAGGCAGGUGAGUGCAAGGAAUCAUGGAUAGAAUUGGAGAAGUGUUUGGAUGAAGCCAAGAAGAACGACGGUGAAAGUGACGUCACUAAGUGCAAGGAGGCGAGAAAGAUGUUCAAGACUUGUAUUUAUGACAACCCUGUUCACUAUGAGCCCGUUAUUGCUGCGGAAACUUAUAUGUUCGCCAAGAUGUUAAGCGAUCUUCAAGCCAAAAAGGAGGCCGUUCUUGUUGACAAGGCUCAAGUGGUUGCCAAGAUGUUAAGCGAACUGAAAGCGGAAAAAGAGGCCAUUCUCUCUGGUGAUGCUGCCUCCAUUGUUAAAGCGUUAAGCAAGUUGCAAAAAGAUGAGGAGGAGACCAUUAACAUUCUGCCCGCUGAGGCUGCAGCGAUUGCAAAGAAGUUUAGCGAGUUGGAAGCGAAAAAGAAGGAGAAGGAAGAAAAGUGAUUAUUAUCAUGGUAACAUUCUUUUAUGAAAAUUGACGAAUUUGAUAGACUGAUAUUGAUACUUUGUGUGAAUGUGUCAAUUUAGAUGAAUAUUCUGAUUCUCUUUUUUUUGUUUCUCUUUAGUUUUGUUAAUGAAUUUGGGAAUUCUUUUAUGAUUUAAUAAAUCCAUUGAUUUUUAAAUCAGACAGAUAGAUUUCAGAAUCAAACAUACAAAAUUCAUAAUCAAAAUAAAUGGAUUAUUAAAAUCAAUCAAAUGGAUUUGCAAUAAAUUCAGCUUUAUAAUAAAACAAAGUAUAUAAAAAGUAUAACACAUUCAUAUAUCAAACGUUUAUAAAAUCUCUCCACAUAUUUGUUGCUAUUGUGGCUCUCACCUGAUUGGCAUGUCCCCUUUGCUGAUCCUAAGUUACAAGAAUUUCUUCAUCAUUGUUAUUAACUAACUUCUUCAAGAUUUUCUACAUCAUCAGAGUCUUUCUCUUCAGGAAAAUUAGUUGUUCUACAAAAUUUUCGAAGAAAAUUAUGUAACCCAACACAUGCAAGUACGAUCUCUGUUUGUGUCUUGUUAAAAAAAAGAGGUGCCGAUUCAAAAAUUAGAAACCGAGAUUUGAAUAUACCAAAAAUUAUCUCUCCACCAUAAAUUUGUUGAAUGUGCCAUUACUGUCACGCAAACCCGAAGCAACAACAUCUAAAAGUAAAUUUAGCUAAGUUUUAUUUUCUUCAGGACUCCAUUUAAUAUAUGAACCUUUUGCUCGUUCUUGCAAUGGUUCUUGUGUUUCUUGAUGCGAUUCUCCCAUUGAUGCUUCUGGUUAGGUCUAUGUGUUUGUGUGUUUAUAAAAUUCUGUGUGUAUAAUGAAGAUUAUAUAGAAAUCAUGACACAUGUAUUAUGGAAAACCGAAAAUCAAUAAAGAAAUAAUACAAAAUAGAAAAUCAGGAAAUAUAACUUGUUCAAAAGAAACAUUUUACAAACGAUGACAUAUUCUACUAAAAAAUGGAAGUUGGUGUAAAUAAUAGAAUAUUGCAUGAUGAAAGUGCUUAUGGCUUAUUUGAAAAUUUUGUUUUAUACGUGAGGUAUUGACAUUUUUUUUUGUUGGAGAAAAACUUAUAAGACAAAUCCAUUCAAAAUAACAAACUAUCAAUAUUUGUUUUUUUUGUAUAUUACUCUUUAAAACACUUAUAAAUCUAUUCAAAACCAAAUUCAAAUCAAAUUCUUAAUCAAAUCCUUACUAUUGAAUAACACCUAAUUUUCAAAUCUAUUUUAAAAUCAUAGAACCAAUAACAAUGAAUUUAGAUACAUAUUUUAAAAUCAUAGAACCAAUAACACUAGAUUUUGCUUGGAUUUUUAAAUCCAUUUAAAUGUACAAACCAAUACUUCAUCUUGUCUUGUGGGAAAUUUACAACCUUUGCUUGAAUAAUUUAAUGCAAUUCUACAACUUUGUCAAUCACAUUUCGUCUACCAAAUAACUAAUAUCAUUUGUGGCAGUCCUAGUCGUAUCUGAGCCAAAACCCUGGUGAUUAACAAUAGCAUAUUGUCUGUUAAGGAGAAGUUAAAAUACAUUAUAAGAACAGAAACACCUUAUAAAGGGACUUGAAUAACAAAGGGGUUUAGCCCACCGCAACAUCUCUAUUCAGUUUUAUAAUAAAGACAAAUUUAUAGCUUUAUAUGUUACAUUAACUUACAAGCGGUAAACGCAUAUAUAAGCAAGUCGAGUCCUUCUUUGGGCCGGGAUGAAGAUAAUAUACAUUCACAUAUGACCUUGAAUCAAGGUAGGUAAGAGCAUCUCCAACCCAACUGCAUAAUUUACUGGAAAAUAGAGUAAAUUAUGUAUUUAUGAACAAACAAAAAAAGUUUUACUCCAAAUAUGGAGUAAUGCAUUUUUUGUUUGUUCAUAACUGCAUAGUUUAUUCCAUUUUGCAGUAAAUUAUGCAGUUGGGUUGGAGAUGCUCUUAAUCAGUACUCAUCAGAAUUGGUGCAUAGUUUUUGGUUUAUGAAUUCCAAAUUGUAUGGCAGUCAGUAUAGGAAAACAAAUCCUAGAGAUUGAUCUACAUAAUUAACUUCUUUUUAUUUUAUUUUAAGAUAAAAAAAAUCAUAUCGUUGACCAAAAAAUAUCAGAUGUGAUUUCAGGGGCUCAUAUUCCAACGGCCCAAUAAACUCAAUUAAUUGUGUUCAGUUGUGUCACUGACUCACGGAGACCGUGGGACAUUUUAAAAAAUUUCACGAGUGACAUUUUUCUACUUUGAAUGAGUACCAAAAACUGUUACAAAUCCGAAAAUAUUGUGAGAGUUUGAUCAAAGAAAACUUAUCAACAGUUGAUUAGUUUAAUUCGGAUAUUAGUAUAUGUCGUUACAUGCAUCUUUUUUUUUUUUUUGUAUUUGCUGCCUCUAAAAGAUAGGGUUAGACGAAUUUGCUGAGUCAGAACUUGAUAAUAUUAUUAUUACCGGAUAA